AUGUCUGGAAGAGGAAAGGGAGGUAAGGGUCUUGGAAAGGGAGGAGCGAAACGACACCGUAAGGUUCUCAGAGACAACAUUCAAGGAAUAACAAAGCCUGCAAUUCGUCGUCUCGCAAGACGUGGCGGCGUGAAGCGUAUCAGUGGUUUGAUUUAUGAAGAAACUCGCGGUGUUCUCAAGAUCUUUCUCGAGAACGUGAUUCGUGAUGCUGUUACAUAUACCGAACACGCUCGCCGUAAGACUGUUACUGCAAUGGACGUUGUUUACGCUCUCAAGAGACAGGGAAGAACUCUUUAUGGAUUUGGGGGUUAG